CAAAGUUUGAAGGGAUUACCGGAAACUUUUGGAAAACUGCUAUUCCUCAGUCCAAAAUACAUGUUCUAGAACGCCUAUUCAAAAAUUACAAGGAUCAGUUUAGUCAAUCCAACCUGAAAUUCACAUUUGAAAGAUAUUUCUGCUGGCAAAUAAUCACCACGAUCAACAUUGUUAUGAUCAAUCUUUAUUAUCAUUAUUGAAGCACUUUCAGUACUUCUAACAUCCCAAAUCUGCCGUCGACGAACUUGAUAGCAGUAUCUUCACCGGCAGAUUUCAUGCUAAAGCAGUUGCAAGGCAGGCUCAUGCAGAAAUUGACGUUUAGUUACUUGAGAUUAAAACCACUUUGUCUGUUAUGAAACUUAUCCAAACCAGAUGGUUAUUAGCUUUGUAUGAAAAUGAUAGAGAUAUUGACAGUGUUUGAUCAAAGAGGAGUAGCUGAUUGUUUGUGGUACAUCCAGUAUGACAUAGAACAUCCAUAGACUUUGUUGGCGAUUAUAAAAAUGAUGCUAGAUUGAAGAUAUGUAUUAGAUAAACGACUCACUGCUUAAUGUUGUCCGAAAUCCGAAUCCCUAUUUUAACCAUGUCUAAAUUUUGUCCAAAAGGUUUUCAAAAUUUUCUGAAACAUAGAAUUACUCUUCCAAAAUUAUAUAACGUUAGAACUAACUGCACUCAUGUUUUUAUUAGAAACAACGAUCGAGAUUAAGUACAUAAACACCUGUGCAUAAGAAGCUAGAAUUUUGCAAGUCAGCCUAACUAGGUUCUUACAUUUUGGAUACUUCGUGGGAAAUAAGGCUGUAUAUGCUCUUAAAUCGGUUCUUUUUUGAUGCAGGGCUUUAGCAAUUCAAACUUCAAGCAUUUUGACGUGUUUUGUAGUGCCAAAGAUCUUGAAAUUCUAGCGGAUUACAAACUUAUUAGUUAAAGUGCCAUUACCCACAGAAGGCUUUUGAGAAAAAAGAGUCCACCGAAGACUAGAAUCGAAAUAAAAUAUGAACAGUACAGUAUUAAAGAUUGGAAAUUGAACCAUAUUGAAAUACUAUUACAAUGGCAUAGCAACUAGAAUCUUGAUUUAAUUUGGUGACCCGUACAAUUUCAGAUUCUUAAUUUCACUUGCAUCAAUUUAAAAUUUUGUUUAAUUGUAAACGGUUGGGGAAAGUUUUAUUUUAAAUUCUGGCGUUUUAUUUGCUUUCGUCCAAAGCCUCGUGACAACCAGUCAAUCACAGUGAUGGAAAAUGAUAAAGUUUUGGACUUUUGCUUUUUCAAAUUCAAACGAUUACAAAUUUUUUUGCUUCGGGCACUUAAGUUUCUACAAUUUUAUAACCAAUUUAUUAUGUACAAAAUAUGCCUAAUCUUGUCAGAAUUUCGCGGGAAAAUCCGCCUCGUAUGCGUAUUUCAAUACGAGGCCUUAUGGGCCUUAGGUAUAAAAAUCAAUAGGACGAUUCACGUAGGUGGUAUUUGGUUUUGCAAAAAAAAUGAACAGGAUCAGGACCUCAGUUAAGAUAGGAUUAAAUUCUUUUCAAGUUUUAAAAAGAGGUUUUAAGAAAUGUCUGCCAAGAUAUGGCUACAGUGUUAUCAUGAAGCCAGGUUAUAUACAUCCUGGGCAUGCAGUACCAAUUUCACUUGACAAGCCACCUUAUGCAGAAACUGGAGUUGUGCCACCUUCGUUUGAGAGGAUAAAGCCAAAGACAGAGGAAGAAAUUCAGUUGAUGAGGGAUUCUUGUGAAGUAACCAGAAAACUUUUAUGGACAUUGAAGCACAGAAUUAAGCCAGGUAUUACCACAGAAAAGCUAGAUUUUCUUCUUCAUUGGCUUUGCCUCAAAUUUGAUGUUUAUCCAUCUCCAAGAAAUUAUAAAGGAUUUCCAAAAGACCUUUGUACCUCAGUCAACAAUGUUGCCUGUCAUGGCAUCCCUGAUGACAGGCCUCUGGAAGAUGGCGACAUAAUAAGUAUUGAUGUUUCAAGUUUUAAAGGAGGGUUUCAUGGCGAUACUUGUGACACAGUUAUGGUUGGAAAUGUUGAUAACGAAGGCCAGCGACUUGUAGAAGUGACGAAAAAGUGCCUUGAGAGUGCAAUUGAAGUCUGUGGUCCCGGUGUCAAGUUUAAUAAAAUUGGUAGAACUAUUAGCAAAGUUGUGAAGGGAACUGGUUUCAGUGUUUGUGAUGUCUUCACCGGACAUGGCAUUGGUCGAGAAUUUCAUUGCCCGCCACAGAUUAUUCAUACAGCAAAUCCAUAUCCUGGCAAAAUGUGGCCAGGGAUGACAUUUACAAUCGAACCAAUCAUUUGCGAAGGCUCUCCGAAUAUAGAAAUUUGGGACGACGGCUGGACAGCUGUCACUGUUGACAAUAAAAGAGCUGCACAGUUUGAGCACACUAUCUUGAUAACGGAUUAUGGAGCUGAAGUUCUUACUAUUGACAAGGACUGGAGGGAGGAUGUUGACGAUCUUCUUCGUUUUGACUUGCCUUGUUAUUUAUUCGAACGCCCACCGGAAGGAGAAGAGGUUAAGUACGACUUUUAAUAAAUGUACAAUGAAACCGUUAAGAUUACAUUUAGAGGACUCGCGAUGUCGUAUUGAUGGUCACCUACCUACCAUCUACGGCUGCAUCGGAUCCUGCAGAUCUGCAACGAUUUCUCUCACGGACCGACUUGCUUUCGUGCCAUAUUGUCAGUGUUGUCAGCCAUACCUGCUCUCAAGUGUCAAUGCCACAUUGGUUUGCAGUUUUGGUGGCAUUGAGCGGAGAAUACCAAUCAUAACCGCACGGCGAUGUCAUUGCAGAAAGUGCUUUUGAUUACCUACCAUUGGUAAUGAUCGUGGUUAGAACUACGGCACUAGCACUUGAAACCAGUGCAGUGAUGAAAUGCAUCUUGUCAGUGCUUGGUCGAUAUUUGCAUUGAGCAGGCAUCCAAAGGCAAGCUUACAUAGAUUUGAUGGCUGCAGCCUUAUGAUACGCGUACAUAGCCAAGUCCAGCAGAACCAUAGUAUGUUAUGAAACUAAUACGAAGCUCCUACUAAGCGUGGGCGGUUGCCGUAAUGUGAAAUGAACAGCGUCAAUCCUGUCAAAAUGAAAAUUUUCUGUAUCAUAACCUAAUAAAGAUUGCAUAUAUAUUUACGCUAAAUUAUUAGUUGCAUACUUUUAAAUGUUUCAGCCAUUGCCGUGCAGAUUAAUUUUGACAUAGUGGUAUUUGCCCUUCAUUUAUAAUGCCAACCUGGCAGAACAAAUUCAGAAUAGCUUUUCUUUUGAAAUGCUAAUACAGCAUUAUUAUUUACUUAUACUUACCUACACUGUGCUAGCGUUAGAAACCACGCUACCAAACUUGUUUCCUUCGAACUUCAGUUGUACUUCCUAACGCCUUCUAAGGAUAACUUGUUAAGAGCCUAAUUAUUUAAUAAGCAAAAUGGCUAUUUCUUGGAAUGACUGACUGACUUACUUCUUUCCUCGAUUUUCUGUUGUAUUGGUAAUCCUCUUCGUUGUAGAAUCCUCUACAAAUCGUAGUAUCCCACAAGAGCCUAGAUGAUAGCUAAGAUAUUAGUAAGAUGGUCAUUUGAACUAGCCUUUGUAGGGGAACUCUAUUACAUUCUUUAUUCAGUUGGAAGUUCUGAUAUUCCCUCAUUGAUGGCUUCUUGUGCGGUAAAAUGUAUCAGAAAACCUAUGCCGCAAGGUGUUGGAAGUCCACGAUAAUUUGCAAAUAGUGUCUCUGUCUAAUGAUCUAACAUGAUCUAAUAAGUGAUACCUCUAAUUUAGCUCCUCAUAUUUCAUAAUGUUUAUCUUAUUAAUUCUGGCUUCCUUUGUCCUGGUAAUCGUGAUCAUAAUGUGACUAUGUUAGUUAGAUUUAGGUGAUCCUUCAAUCUUUAUGUUAUGCUAAUUACAGCCCUGACUUGUUUGCCUGGGUUACUUGGUCGUGAUUCUUGCCUAGCGCAACCAUCACCUUGUCUGCCCACUCAAUAUAAAAAGAAGAGCUUAGAAUAUAUUCCAGCCAAAAUUCGUUGAGUAAAGUUUAAUGUAAACCUCAAUUUGUAACUUGAAAAUAGAUAUUAAUUAAACUGUCGCCUUCAUGUUAAUUAAAUUAUUUACACAUACAGAAUUGGAUUUUUGCGUAUGGUUUUCCUGGUUAAAGCUCUUGUACCAAAUAAUGGCUGCCUUGGGUGGCCUGGGAAAAUUAGAUUAGGCCUACACCUCAACACUACUUAUUGCAUGCAAUUUAGCCACAAUUGUUUAUAUACAAAAAAGCUGCCCCACGGAUGGCUAAGCUUUGGUAAACCUUUAUUUUGUCAGCUUCUUCGUUUAGUGAAAAAUUAUACAAAAACAAUUUGGAAACUAAAGUUCUUUAAUAUAUGUUCAUAAAAUGUCGGCAACUCCUUAACCGAGGGUAAAGUUUCACUGCAUUUCUUUUAUUUGAUGCUUUGACUUCAAAACAAAAAAAAUCAAAAUUCUUUUUUUCAUUUUCACACACAACAUGAAUUCAUUUUAAGCACGAAAGCAGGCUCUUUGUCUGUUUUUCUCAAUUUAUUUUGGCUCCCAAGAUCUGUCUACUUUAGGAACUUCUUUGGGUCUUUUCAGUUGGCUCCCAAAAUCUGUCUACUUUAGGAACUCCUUUGGUUCUUUUCAGUUGGCUCCCAAAAUCUGUCUACUUUAGGAGCUUCUUUGGGUCUUUUUAGUUGGCUCCCAAGAUCUGUCUACUUUAGGAGCUCCUUUGGGUCUUUUCAGUUGGCUCCCAAGAUUAGGAGCUCCUUUGGGUCUUUUCAGUUGGCUCCCAAGAUUAGGAGCUC